CCCCCCCCCCCUGAGUCGCUUACCAAGUUGCAAUCGCCGCGGCUGGUGGCGGGCGCCCGGGGUGGAGGGGGGUGGUGGUGGUGGUGGGGGGGGUGGCGCCGAGAGCAAAAAAAGCGUGUUCCCGUCCUACCCGUGAGCUUUUGACGUUCGAGGCUUUUUGCCGCCGUCGUUGUGCGACUUCCGUCGGCGAGGCCGUGGUUUUUUUUGGCGCGUAGCGGGAAGGCGCCAGACUCCCACCCACCCGUCCGUCUCAUUCAUUCCCGGAGCGAGCAGCAAAGCGGCUGGACCGCCUUCCCCCCCCCCAAUUUACAAUGGGAAAACAGAAGACCAGAAAGGAGAAGAGCGAUCCGGAUCCCCCCGCCGAGGAGGAGUAUGUAGUGGAGAAGGUCAUGGACCGAAGGGUGGUGAAGGGAAAGGUGGAGUACUUUCUCAAGUGGAAGGGAUUCACAGAGGAGGAUAACACAUGGGAGCCCGAGGAGAACCUGGACUGCCCUGACCUUAUUUCGGAGUACCUGGGCACGAGCAAGGGCAAGCAGCAGGUGUCCGAGGACAAGGCUGAGGGCACCAAACGGAAAUCUGCCUCCCUCAAUGGCACUGGAGAUAACAAGGCCAAGAAAAAAAAAGAGGCAGGAAAGGUAGGUCAAGAGAUUGGAUUUUCUCGGGGGUUGGAGCCAGAGAGAAUAAUCGGUGCCACGGACUCCAGUGGAGAGCUUAUGUUCCUCAUGAAAUGGAAAGGCUCGGACGAGGCAGACCUCGUCCCAGCCAAGGAGGCCAACACGAGUUGCCCGCAGAUCGUCAUCUCCUUCUACGAGGAGCGACUCACCUGGCAUGCGUACCCUGACGACGACGCGGAUAACACCAAGGAGGACAAAGCCUAGGCCAUGGCGCGGGUGACUGGGCAUCCGGAAUCGAUGCAAACAACGAAAGCGCCAUUUCCCGUUCUUCAGAUACUGAUAAUCUACACAACAAAUACACCGUAACGUUUCAGGUCAUAAUUGAUGGUGAGGGUUUUUUGGUAUGUCGUAAAAUAAAAUACAUGUUUUAUGAAGAAGAAAAAAGUUAAGUUUUCAUGUAGUUUUUUUUAUUGAUCAGGAGAACUUUUGAAGUAUUUUCAGUGCACCCAAUAAUCCUCCACGCAUUCAAUGGUCGUGAACUGUGUCGGCGCUUUGAAAAAUAAAAACGCUGUUUUUUGCAAGUACUAUAUGUGCACAAAAGUGGUGUGCUGCUGAGGAGGAGGGCAUUCCCACACAUAAAGGAUGUUAAUCUGUCGUGGCACAGUGCUUGCUGAGGAGCAGGUCCCUCCCCCGUAUGUUGCUCUCGAACCGAGUUGAAUUAGUGAGCUGCUACACUAUGCCCAGGGGUUAUGUUUAUGUUAAAUUGUGCAGCACUGAAAUACGUGAUAAAAUAACUUUCCAAAAUGAUGUCUUAGAGCAAUGUAUGCUUAUGGAAUGUUACCACUCAAGAUGACAACUGGUGUGACACGCAGAUAAUGGCUACAUCUAAAGUGAUGCGUACUUUUUGUUAAAAUAUUUAAAAUCAAUAAAGUUUAGUCCACAUUGAGCCAAACUUUAUAUUUUGAUUGAUGGUUGCUUAGUUGGGAGUGAGCACAUUUGCCUGAAACAUGUACCUUAUAGCUGCGAUUGCAACGGAAGUGUUUAAACACUGCAUAUUAACAUGUCCACUCAAAUAGUCCUCAAAUUUUCUGAAAAUUGAUUUUGUCCAUUCAAACAUUUCCAGAUAUAUAGAGGGACCUGCACUCAAGUCAGCUGCUUUUAUUUAUAAAAAAAAACUCAUUAUCUUAGCCCACCUGAGAUGCAUGGGAUAUAGAAAAUUGUGGUGUGGACUUGGUGCGUUUAAAGAGCACACAAUUACAUGAUCAGAAACAGCUGUCCAUUUUGGUUAUUGCACAUUCUGAAGUGCAUGGGAUUUUUUGUGUGAAUAAAGUCUCGUCAUAAACCAGUUUUUGCAAUGUGCAAGAUUAUUAUGAACCUAACUUGUUUGUGAAUGCUUUUCAUCUUAUUCUUGUUGAAAUUGUGCUGUUUCUAUUAACAAAAAGCUAUGACCAUUUUGGCAAGAUGUAAAAUCUGGCUCUGGGUGUAAAGUUACGGCUGUUGACAUCAAUCGAAUGUUAGUCGGUGAUUGUUAUUAGUUUAAAUGUUGGCUUUGCUUGCUGUUGGCAAGGCCAAAAACUGAAUUGAUGGUUUGCUCAUUGGAUAAACGAGUUUUUGUUAAGAUCUUGCAGAACAUUCUGUGAAAUAUCACAGCUCCAGUUCUUGUCAUCUUUUUAUUUUAUGAUCCUGUGAGUUUUGAACUGCUUGAGUAAGCUACUUGGUCAUCGUGCAUAUUUUCUAAACUUUGUAAUUACAGUAUCAAAUUGUAGGUUUUAAAAUCUAACGUGAAUGGGCCCCUGGUUUUUUUUGUGAAAGUUAAUACGUUUUUUUAUUUAAUGGCAGCCUUGUUUAAAGCAGUAUUUCAAAUUUUUGGACAAUGGCCGUUGGAAUGCAUAUUUUUCUCACUCCAUUUUGGUAACAAUUAUGUCCAAUAAAGUACAUUGGUUUUUAAUGUUCUCAUGUUUUUAUUUGUGCUUUUCUGCCCGUUAUAAGCUUAUUGAGUAUCGUUCAAUGGUUAAAAAAAAUAAACGUUUUGCA